UCCUUCUCCUCAGUAAUUCCUCUUCAGAUUUUUCCAGGAGUUUUUGACCCCUGACCUCCGAGGAUGGAUAACGCCACAUACAGCUACGUGAACGACUGCACUCCGCUCACUAACUGCAAGUCCGGCCGUAAGGCUGGCGGCUCCACGGUGGUCAACAUGAGCCAUGCGGGCAAGAAGCCACCAAACGACUACCUGAUCUGGUCGCUCUGUAACACUCUUUACGUCAACUUCUGCUGCCUGGGAUUCAUGGCUCUGAUCUACUCCAUCAAGGCUCGAGAUCAGAAGACCUUGGGCGACAUGCGUGCAGCACAGGAAUGCUCAGACAAGGCGAAGUGGUACAACAUUCUGGCAUCAGGCUGGAAUCUCUUGAUUCCUCUGCUGCUGUUGGGUCUGCUGGUCCUGCUCCUGGUUCAUCUGGGCAGCUCAGAGGGAACGUUUGAUUUCUUCGGUGAAGAUGGAUUUCAGAGUUUCAUGAAGCUCUUCAGCAGGUAGACAGAGCGACUCAAGCAAUCCCACCACCAAACGCUCCUGCAAACCUUCUGGACAGUUCACCCUCUCUCCACUUUAUCAGCAUGUUAUUUUCUUUGGCUGUGUGAUGAUGAAUUUAUUAUUAUUUAGAUUUGUUUUUUCAUAAUGUCAAUGUACUGUACAUCUAUCUACCCAACAACUCUAUUUUAUGAAGUAAAUUGGCUCUCUGUAUUUAAUAAAAUAUUUAAUGUCCUCCAAUAUUUUUCCACAUGCGUC